UGUUACAAGACGGGAGUCUUAAAUUUCUAAUUGGACUGAGAUUUAAGAGAAAGAAGUAGAGUGAAAGGCCGACUCCUUCUCUUGUCCUCUCUUAGUACCCCAGUCACCAACCAAAGCCCCUAUUAAAAGAGUUAAAAAAAAAAAGAGAGUAUACAACCCUUCAAGAUCUUCUUUUUUUAGUUAAUUUUUAGACUGAUAUAAGUAUAUCCUUCAGGAUCCUCUUUAUUUUUUCAUGCCUUUUUGCCCAUUGGUUGAUGUUUUAAGAGAGAGUGUUUGAUAAAGACACUAGCUUUCUAUAGUUCGUAUUGCUCUGUAAGCUUUCUUAUAUAUCUUUGAUCUAGAGGGAUUGGUUUUUUUUAUUUUGAGCUAGACUUUUGAGAUAAACCCAUUAGACCCUUUUGGAUUUCGAGUCAGAAGAUCAAAUUUUUACAUCAUGAUUUGCAGUAUCAAGCAAUCUACUAUAACCCCAACAAUCAACGGAUCUGACACUAUUUUUCGCAGAAAAAACAUGUCGGCAAUACAAAGAUCUUUGAUUCUGCCUUCACUCAAUGCCAACAAGUCAAAACCAGUUCUUUCAAUGUCAAAGCCUUUGCAUGUGUCGAAGGUCGAGUCUUUUGCGUUGUCAAGGCCUCAAAAGAGGACCUUGAUCACAUGCAAGGCUUAUGAGGCCGAUCGAUCAGAGCCAAUUGAAGCAUCUGAGGUGAAGUCAGAGGCUGCAAAAAGGGUUAAAAUUGGGAUUUAUUUUGCUACUUGGUGGGCUUUGAAUGUUGUUUUCAACAUAUACAACAAGAAGGUCUUGAAUGCUUUUCCAUAUCCAUGGUUGACCUCUACUCUUUCUCUUGCUUGCGGAUCUCUUAUGAUGAUGAUCUCGUGGGCUACAAGGAUUGCUGAGGCACCAAACACUGAUUUUGAGUUUUGGAAGAUUUUAUUCCCUGUUGCGGUGGCACAUACAAUUGGACAUGUAGCAGCAACGGUGAGCAUGUCGAAGGUUGCAGUUUCCUUUACCCAUAUUAUUAAGAGUGGUGAGCCUGCUUUCAGCGUACUGGUUUCAAGGUUCCUAUUGGGUGAGACUUUCCCUCCAUCAGUUUACAUGUCCCUUGUUCCAAUCAUUGGUGGUUGUGCACUGGCUGCUGUUACUGAGCUCAACUUCAACAUGAUUGGUUUUAUGGGGGCCAUGAUCUCCAACUUGGCUUUUGUUUUCCGCAACAUAUUUUCAAAGAGAGGCAUGAAGGGGAAGUCUGUUAGUGGGAUGAACUACUAUGCUUGUCUCUCUAUCUUGUCUCUCUUCAUCCUCACACCCUUUGCUAUCGCUGUGGAGGGACCACAGAUGUGGGCUGCAGGUUGGCAAACAGCCCUAUCCCAGAUUGGACCAAAUUUCAUAUGGUGGCUAGCAGCACAAAGUAUAUUCUAUCAUCUUUACAAUCAAGUGUCUUACAUGUCCCUGAAUGAGAUUUCUCCCUUGACCUUUAGCAUUGGAAAUACCAUGAAGCGUAUAUCUGUCAUAGUUUCAUCCAUUAUCAUUUUCCACACACCCGUCCAACCUAUCAAUGCUCUUGGCGCUGCCAUUGCUGUCCUUGGAACCUUCUUGUAUUCCCAGGCAAAGCAGUAAAUGCACCAGACAGGGCAAUUUCAAGACUUUUCGUGUAAUAUACAAGGAGAGAGAGAGCAUGUCGACAGUCGGAGGCCUUCAGCUUAGGGUAGGGGAGAGUGUCAAUAACUAUUUGUGUAUUUCGUGGAAUCAUUUCCAGAUCCAAAACUUUGUUAAAAGAAGUUUAUUAAAAUAAUAAUAACAAUGGAGGUCAUUAUAUA